AUGACUCAUUCGAAGUACACUAUAAGUGCUGCCUCCUCGUUAGGGUUUUUGUGCGGAGCUCGCGGAGCCAGCAGUCGCUCCGGCGUAGGAAAACACCAGAGGCUACUCCAAGGUAGGAAAGAUGUCUCAUCGGAAAUUUGAGCACCCAAGGCAUGGAUCGCUAGGGUUUCUCCCUAGGAAGCGAGCUUCUCGUCAUCGUGGAAAAGUGAAGUCCUUCCCCAAGGAUGAUCCUACAAAACCUUGCAAACUCACUGCAUUCCUUGGGUACAAGUCUGGUAUGACCCACAUUGUACGUGAGGUUGAGAAACCAGGAUCAAAGCUUCAUAAGAAGGAGACUUGUGAGGCAGUUACCAUCAUCGAAACUCCACCGAUGGUUGUUGUUGGAGUCGUAGCCUAUGUGAAGACGCCACACGGUCUUCGUACUCUGAACACUGUAUGGGCUCAGCAUUUAAGUGAGGAAGUGAGGCGGAGAUUCUAUAAGAACUGGUACAAGAGUAAGAAGACGGCUUUCACAAAGUACUCUAAGAAAUAUGAAAGUGAAGAGGGAAAGAAAGAAAUUCAGGCCCAACUGGAAAAGAUGAAAAAAUAUGCCUCUGUUGUCCGUGUUCUUGCUCACACGCAGAUAAGGAAGAUGAAGGGCCUCAAGCAGAAAAAAGCUCAUCUGAUGGAGAUCCAAGUUAAUGGAGGCACUGCAGCACAGAAGGUUGAUUUUGCCUACAGCUUCUUUGAGAAGCAAACCCCCAUUGAUGCUGUUUUCCAGAAAGAUGAAAUGAUUGAUAUUAUUGGUGUUACAAAAGGUAAAGGGUAUGAAGGUGUUGUGACUCGUUGGGGUGUCACCCGCCUUCCACGGAAGACGCACAGAGGUCUCCGCAAGGUUGCUUGUAUUGGUGCUUGGCAUCCUGCCAGAGUAUCCUACACUGUUGCUCGUGCUGGACAGAAUGGUUAUCACCACCGAACUGAAAUGAACAAAAAGAUUUACAAGAUUGGUAAAUCUGGGGAUGAAUCCCACACUGCUAUGACCGAGUUUGAUAGGACCGAGAAAGACAUCACACCCAUGGGCGGCUUCCCGCACUAUGGUAUUGUGAAGGAUGACUAUAUAAUGAUCAAGGGUUGUUGUGUUGGGCCGAAGAAAAGAGUUGUGACUCUUCGUCAAUCCCUAUUAAAACAGACUUCUCGUGUCGCCCUUGAGGAGAUUAAACUCAAGUUCGUAGAUACUUCUUCCAAGUUUGGUCAUGGACGUUUCCAGACAACUCAAGAGAAACAGAAGUUCUACGGCAAGCUGAAGGCAUGAUUCUAAUUAUAAUAUAGUUACUUAGCAUGUCUCAAAGAUUGUUCUGUUAAAGAGUUUUGUUUCGAAGGAUUUUCUCUGCUUGAUUUGGAUUUCUAAAUUUCUAAGCUGUUCCGUGUUUUCAACUUUUGGGAAUUUGUUAUUGAGACUCCAAUGUUUUUGUCAGAUUUAACAUUUGGGAAUUUGAGUUUCUUGUUGUUGGGAAUGCAAGUUUGCUCAUGAGUUAUGUGUCAA